UUUAAAAUUUAAUUACAUUUUAAUUAUUUAUUAAAUAUUGGAUGUUAUUGUUAAAAAAAGAGAUAAGUAGGAUAAAUUUCUGAUAAUCGUUAUAUAAAAACAAAUAAGAUGGCUGCCAUUAGAAAGAAGUUAGUCAUUGUAGGUGAUGGUGCUUGCGGUAAAACUUGCCUUUUGAUUGUUUUCAGUAAGGAUCAAUUUCCCGAAGUAUAUGUGCCCACAGUUUUUGAAAACUAUGUUGCUGAUAUAGAAGUAGAUGGGAAACAAGUUGAAUUAGCUUUAUGGGAUACAGCUGGUCAAGAAGAUUAUGAUAGAUUAAGACCUUUAUCAUAUCCAGACACUGAUGUUAUACUAAUGUGUUUCUCAAUAGACAGUCCAGAUUCACUUGAAAAUAUACCUGAAAAAUGGACCCCUGAGGUGAAACACUUUUGCCCAAAUGUGCCCAUAAUCUUGGUUGGCAACAAGAAGGACCUACGUAAUGACGAGAACACCAAACGUGAACUCUGCAAAAUGAAACAAGAGCCCGUCAAGGCCGAGGAAGGCCGCGCCAUGGCCGAAAAAAUUAACGCUUUCGCCUAUCUCGAAUGCUCUGCCAAAACCAAAGAGGGCGUCAGGGAAGUCUUCGAGACAGCUACCAGAGCCGCCCUCGCCGUCAGAAAGAAGAGGAAGAACAAAUGCCAGAUUAUAUAAAUUAUCAAAAUACUGGAAGAGAAAGGGUGAAAGCGUUACGCCGGAUAUUCUCCUCUUUGGACAUACAAAAUAUUAUAUACUAUACUAUUUUUCUAAAAAAUAUAUUAUAUAGAUAAAUUUAUUGGCCUUAUAACUCAUUUUAGCUGGCAUUUGUCUCAUAAAAAAUAUUUAAUAAUAUAAUACAUUUUUUAUCUCCCCAUAUUAUGUUAUUAUCAUGAUUAUAAUCUCUUUAGGGUUCGGUAUAUGUUAUAAAAACAUACUGAAUAUCUUUCAUUGUUUAUAUUUUAACCUUUUAACGGUUCAGAUUCUUUCUAUAUAUUUUUACGAUUGAAUGUCUUGUUUUUUUAUAAAGAUUACCAUGAAAACAACUACAAAACACAAAGUAUAAAAAAUUAACUAACCAUUUUAAUUAUUAUGUUUCAUAAACAAAUGAAACUCUUUUUUUGUUGGUUUUUAAAAAGAAAACUUUAUUUAGGUGCCAAUUUAAAAAGUGAAAAUUAGUGAUUAUUCUCCUUUUAAAUUUUAGCUUUUAUCGCCAUUUCGCUUACAAUAAAUUAUU